CACCGGGAGCCAGCACCGGGCCAUUCCCCAUCCGCAUGUUCCGUCGGAAGUCGGCGCCCUUUACCUCUCGUCCAUUGGACUACUCCGCUGUCAGUCGGGCUAAGUCACGCUGAAAAGCGUCCGCCUCCCCGGCUCUCUGUCUGCUGAGAACGCCGUCAUACUGGCUGCUAGAGGCAGCAGCGACCACGGCUGAAGCGAAGACCCCCACCAUGACGAACGGGCUAUCUUGGUGGUUCAGGAUUGAUUGAACUUUAAAAUAUAUAUAUUUUAAGUAAUAUUUAACGUAUAGAUGCUGUCAUAUUCGGGAUGAUGCCUCCAGUUCGUCGCAUACGUUUAGUGCUUUCAUCCGACACCGUGGUCCGCAGAGGGGAUAUGUGCCUGACUUCUCUUAAUAGCCAUUUUUUGCAGACAAAGAGAGCUGUUGAGUAGGGCUUUCAGAAGGCACACGGGUCCCAGGGACUCCUUUUGAUGAAGAAAGUGGGCAACAUGUGGAGCAACCUGAAGAGCAAAUGCCAGACACUGUUUCACAACAACAGCUCAGGACUCAGUGAAAGCAGGGUUGAGGCAGAUGCUGUCCACUGUGUGGUGGAUCUUGGCCAAGGAGGCAGCUCAGGUGAUGCACAUGCAUCAGAAGCCUCCACCCCCUCAAGGAGCUUUUUACCAGUGCCAAUGGUAACGGCAGGACGUCGCCAUCACAACUGCGUGUCGGACAUCCCUCAGAUAGUAGAGAUCAGUAUUGAUAAGGACACUGAGGAUGUACAAGGAGGGUCAGGGGGUGUACCCCUGGCCCGUAGAGACUCCUAUUCCCGUCAUGCUCCAUGGGGGGGCAAGAAAAAACACUCAUGUUCCACCAAAACCCAGAGCUCUCUGGAGGGAGAUAGGCGAUCUGGACGUUUACGGGGGAGUGGAAACCGUAGGGACAGGCGUUAUGGAGUCGGCUCCUUCCAGGAGAUGAACGACUCAGUAUCUGGAGGACGCAGUCUCAAUGCACGUUCUUUGCGCCAACGGCUGAGUGAUACAGUAGGACUGUGCUUACCCCUUCCUACUCGUAGACGCUCCCGUUCAGUUAAGAACCCUGUUACCUCCAAACGUAAAAUUCACCUUACAGAGCUCAUGCUGGAGACCUGCCCCUUCCCACCAGGGUCAGACCUGGCUCACAAGUGGCACUUGAUCAAGCAACACACAGCACCUGUCAGCCCGCAUUCCUCCACUGCCCUGCUUGAUGCCUUUGACCCAGCCCAGACAUCUCCCGAGGAUGAAGAGGAACGUCUGCGUGAGCGCCGCAGACUUAGCAUCGAGGAAGGUGUGGACCCCCCACCUAAUGCACAGAUCCACACCCUGGAGGCCUCAGUGCCGGGUUCCUCUCUCUACAAACUGGGACCAAAGUUGGCUCCUGGCAUCGGAGAGACCUCUGGGGAUGGUCGGGCCUCAGGAUCUGGCACCUCUGCCGGUGCUGGAUCCUCAGGGGCCUGUGGGCAGGUGCUGGGGGCGUCGGCCUCUGCCCAGGACUGUGAUUCUGAGGAAGAUUCGACCACCCUCUGUCUGCAGGCCAGAAGGCCCAAGCAGAGGCACGCUUCAGGAGACGGUCACCUCAGCCGGCAGCAACCUGGGCCCUGGAAGGUUCAUACUCAAAUAGACUACAUCCACUGUCUGGUGCCGGACCUAUUGCAGAUCACAGCACUGCCCUGUUACUGGGGCGUGAUGGACCGCUACGAAGCAGAGGCUCUUCUCGAUGGACGGCCAGAAGGCACCUUCUUGCUGCGUGAUUCAGCUCAGGAGGACUACCUCUUCUCCGUUAGCUUCCGUCGUUACAACCGCUCAUUGCACGCCCGCAUAGAGCAAUGGAACCACAACUUCAGCUUUGAUGCUCAUGACCCUUGUGUAUUCCACUCUUCCACCGUCACAGGACUGCUGGAGCACUACAAGGAUCCCAGCGCCUGCAUGUUUUUUGAACCCCUGCUUACAGCACCUCUCCAUCGAACCUUCCCCUUUGGUCUGCAGCACUUGGCACGAGCUGCCAUCUGCCGCUGGACCACAUAUGAUGGUAUAGGCUCUUUGCCGCUGCCCCCUGCCUUGCAGGACUUCCUCAAAGAGUAUCACUAUAAACAGAAAGUACGAGUACGUUGGCUGGAGAGGGAACCACCAGUCAAGGUCAAGUAGGGUGGGCUUCUCCAUUGCCUGUACACACACUGCACGAGGAUCACAGUACAUGAACUUGAAAUUCCUCAUUAGUUAAUUAGAGGCUUUACUGACAUGGCUCUUUUUUUCUGGUGAGGGAUGGAGUUUAAAUGUAACAAGCUAUACAAGAUUCAUUUUAAUCUUUGUUUUAGUUAGUACUUACAUCACAGAAAAUACAUAUAAUUAUAUUCAGUAUAAUGCUGUCUGGCAAACACACAUGUUUUUGUGUUGAACAGGUUGUUUUGAUAGGAAGGAAAGGCACAAAUAUCAGUGCUUUGUGUCUUUUCCCUCCUGCUUGUGCUAAAUGUCUGCCUGAUCCCACAUCACCCUGUAGACCUGCCUGCAUGCCUCCCAUGUUCAUCCCAAAUUGCUAUAUAGGCCCACAUAGGUAUGUUGUACAGUUCACUUUGUGCUUUCUUUAUUUUUUUAAUUCCUUUAGCUUGUCAAAGCACUUAGUGGAACAUCUUUCCAACUGGGCUUUAAGGUGUGGGGUUUGAGAGGGCAUCUGGAGGUGCUUGUGGUUUAUUACAGUCAAAGCUUGUCCCAUGGAUAAAGCUGUACAAGGCACAUUCUUUGCCAUUUCUUUGCACGUGUGAUUAUCAACUAAGCCAGACACAGGGACUGAUUUUAGGGGGUCCAUACAGUCAGGACAGCACAUCAGGGAAAUGAAGUGAUUUCCAAGGAUAAGAGUUUAAGUUCUUUGAAACACUGGUUCCUUCUUAAGCAGUAAUGAAUAAUAAUAAAUAGUCCAUGUCCUCUUAUGUGAACAUGCUCAAGUCCCCACCCCCCACUCUGCAGAACAUUUUUUGAAACAAAAAAUAAAGUCAGAGGAACCAGACUGUUAGUUGUUCAACUCUGCAUGGUGUUGUGCAGAGGUGCACCUAGUUUAUUUCUUUCUAUCUGAAGCUCCUAGGUUAACAAUUGAGCAGUCUGGUGUCUUCAUGGAGUUGUGCUAAGGUUUUGUUGGUUUUCAUUUUGAACCCAUUCCCGUUAAUCAGCACUUCACAGUGGCACUCGAUUUCAUAGAAAGAUCUGUUGCUUAUUAUUAUUUUAUUUUCACCAGACACUUGUGACAUUGGUGCACCAACUGUGCACUUCAGUCAUGGCAAGGAAUUCCAGCAGGGGUUUUCUGAUGAGCAGAGAAUGAUUGUAAUGCCAAGUGGUGGUUGAAGACAAUCAAUGAAAAUUUUAAGCAUUUUUUCUGUUUGCAAAAGUGAGGUUUCAUUGACUGGGGGCUCUCACAUAGAAGUUACCAUAUAGUAAAACAUCAUAAAUGGGUAGGAUGGAUAACGUAAGAUGACAUUGAACAAAAAUUCUCACUGUCAGAUUUAUUUAAGUUCUCCUCCUGAAUUUAUAUUAAGUUUAAAAAAAAAUAAUGUUAAAUGUGUUUUUUUGGAGAGAGAGCAACGUGUCUUGUCAUCAACAGGAAAGUUGUCAUGUGGGCUUGGGACUUGAUUCUCCCACUUUAAAUUAUUUCACUGAGGUCUCGACCCCAGCAAAUCCCCUCACUGCCUAAUUCAUUUAGAGUCCUAGCUUUCAAACAGUGUGGGCUACACUCACUUUUUUUAAAGGUCAGCAUACACUUGAGAGUUUUAGUUGAGUAAUUUAACAGAUUUUUAGUUAUUUGUGUUGGAACAUAGACACUACUGGUCAUUUCCGUUGUGUUUUAAGCAUUGAACAGAAAGGCGUGCCUUUUUAGAGAACCGUGUCUCUUGUUACACAACCAGUUUGAAGUCCAGACAUAGCUGAGGUGCAUUCAGAUGCUGAAGAAAAGAAUAAGGUGGUUGUUCUGGGGCUUGAAAACUGUAAGGAUAGACUCUUUACAUAUUAAUAGAACCUUUUUUAAAAAAAUACAAUUACAAAGUUUGAAGAUUAAAACCCUGCCCCUAAUGUGUAAAACAAAAAAAUAUAUAUUUAAAUGUGAAACAUGCAUGAGCUCAUGAUUCCUGGAAAGGUUAAUCUGGACUUGAAGUUAUUUUUUGUCUAGUCUAUCAGCCUGCACAUACUGAACAUUCUCAUCACUGAGAAUGAAUCAUCAACAAAUGUCAGUGCGUUUUCUUACCCGCGAGUAUCUCAGACUGACCAAAGCUCUUGCACACAGCUAUGUAUUAACUACUGGGCUAAUGCUUAUUGCCGUAGUAAAAUCAUGUUUAAAGUAAAACAGAUUAUCUUUCAUCUAUAAAAACAAAUGAAAUGGAAUAUAUUCUGUCAGAUUUAAACUGCUCGUCUAUGUUGCAAAAUACUUGGUACAGUGGGAGUACCUGGCCAUGUCGGAAUCACAACUAGUUAAUAAUCAUCCCUGAAGUCUGAAUAUUUUUCAUAUUUCACUACCCAAUUCUUACUGCAUUGUAAGACUGACACAUUUUCCACGACCCUGCGCUUUGUCACCAAGUUUAAGUUAGACAUCUUAAAUCGCCCACAUGUGUUAAAAAUAAAAUAUUUCCAUUUUUUAUAUAUAUAUAUAUGU